AUGCGCAACUUUAAAGCUAUCGCACUCAGUGCGGCAUUUGCAGCUGUCGCGUCAGCUUCAGAUGUCGAGGUUCUUACCAAAGACACAUUCCCAGACUUCGUCAAGGGCAAUGAUUUGGUGUUAGCAGAGUUUUAUGCACCAUGGUGUGGACACUGCAAAGCCCUUGCACCAGAGUACGAGGAGGCCGCGACAACGUUGAAGGAGAAGAACAUCAAGCUUGCCAAGGUUGAUUGCACAGAAGAGGCAGAUCUCUGCCAGAGCUAUGGGGUUGAGGGGUACCCAACAUUAAAGGUCUUCCGCGGCCCAGACAACGUCAAUGCCUACUCAGGUGCUCGCAAAGCGCCAGCGAUUGUGUCAUACAUGACCAAGCAGUCACUUCCAGCCGUUUCCCUCCUUACAAAAGACACGAUCGAGGACUUCAAGAUCCAGGAUAAGGUCGUUCUCGUUGGAUAUUUUGCCGCAGAUGACAAGACCUCCAAUACCACAUACACAGAAGUUGCGGAGAAACUCCGUGACAGCUAUCUCUUCGGUGCCAGCAAUGAUGCCGAAUUGGCCAAGGCCGAGGGCGUUGAAUUCCCUUCUUUGGUUCUCUACAAAUCCUUCGAUGAGGGCAAGAGCAUCUUCACUGAGACUUUCAGUGGGGAGGCUAUUGAGAAAUUCGCGAAGACAGCAUCGAUACCACUAAUUGGUGAGGUUGGCCCAGACACCUAUGCCGGUUACAUGGCAACUGGAAUUCCUUUGGCAUACAUCUUCGCAGAGACCGCUGAGGAGCGUGACAGCUUCUCCGCCGAGCUCAAGGACGUUGCUGAGAAGCACCGUGGGGCUAUCAGCUUCGCAACCAUCGACGCCAAGGCAUUCGGUGCUCACGCUGGUAACUUGAACUUGAAGGCCGACGUCUUCCCAGCCUUUGCCAUUCAGGACACCGUCAACAACAAGAAGUUCCCAUACGACCAAGAGGCCAAGAUCACUGCCGAGACUAUUGGAAAAUUUGUUGAUGACUUCGUUGCUGGCAAGGUUGAGCCAAGCGUGAAGUCUGAGCCAAUCCCAGAGACUCAAGAAGGUCCAGUCCAGAUCAUUGUCGCAAAGAACUACGACGACAUCGUCUUGGAUAACACCAAGGAUGUGUUGGUUGAGUUUUACGCUCCAUGGUGUGGUCACUGCAAGGCUCUUGCACCAAAAUACGAUAUCCUCGCCGGUCUCUACGUUGAUGCUGGCCUUGACAGCAAGGUCACUAUCGCCAAGGUCGAUGCUACUCUUAACGACGUACCUGAUGAGAUUCAAGGUUUCCCAACCAUCAAGCUUUUCAAGGCUGGAGACAAGACCAACCCAAUCACAUACAGCGGAAGCCGCUCCAUCGAGGAUCUCAUCAAGUUCGUCAAGGAGAAUGGUAAAUAUGCCGCUGAAGUUAGCUACGAGGAGCCAUCUGAGGAUGAGGCACAGAAGCCAAUUGUUGAAUCUAUGGCUGAGCAAGCUCAAGCCGCUACUGAGGCCGCAAAGGACGCCGCUGAGGAGGCCACCGAGAGCGUGAAGAGCGCUGCAAGUGAAGCCACUGAGGCUGCUGAUGCCGAGAUUCACGAUGAGUUGUAA